CAGCGUCACUUUCUGACAGUUUGUAUAUAAACACCAGUGGGUCGGGCAACACGUAGAUGGAAAUGGUCUAAUUGGGGCGCAUUUCAGGCCGUACGAGUUGCAAUCGCGUUCCGAAUCAUCCGAAAAAUGGGCGACCAGCCCGACUUCGAUCCCUGCGAGUGUCUGACGUACCACGAGCUGGCCAUGCGACGCCUGCUCCACAUGCUGCGCAACUCGCAGGCCGACUGCACCGACACCGAGUGCUCAGAACCAGUGCUGAUGGGUCUGUCCACGGGCGGGCCGCCCCUUCAGCACAUCUAUUUCCUCAUUUUCCUGGUGGGGAUGGCGCUGCUGCUCCACUUCUACCGCCCCACGCUUGACAUGCCGCUGGAGCCCCACAACAAGCCCGCCAAUGGCCAUGGCUCCAACCAGCCCCCGCCUGCGCCUCCUAUCGACUAGGCCGCCCUGCAACGGAGCCCCAUUGUUAAUAACCUCAAAUCGAAUAAAAACCCAUAUUUUCCUUC